UUCUACUCGUACUUGUUAUGUUCUUGCGUCGACCACAGAGCUGUUCGCAUUGCUGCGCGACGAGCAGUCAGUUCUCGACUUGGGUUAAGCCCAACUUGCUCUCAGCAUUGGAAAUUCGACUCGCACUCGAAAGGUAUCACAGUGCUGUCUAGAGCUCAAAUCACCCUCGCCCUCCCGUGUGUGUGUGCGGCGUACCUCGUCCUAGAUGUCUCCGCAGCGCAUCAUCACUACCGCCACCAUCAUCAAGUCUUCCACGAGUCAACCGUCAACAGCAGGCACUAAGGUCAGACCCGACAACACGCAGUCUCAGCAACCUUCAGGCCUCGUCAAACUGGGGGUCCACUGUGUUAUGGGCAAGAAGGUCGCCAUCAAGAUCAUCAAUCGAGAGAAGCUCAGCGAAUCCGUGCUCAUGAAGGUGGAACGUGAGAUUGCUAUAAUGAAAUUAAUUGAUCAUCCCCAUGUUCUUGGAUUAUCGGAUGUUUAUGAGAAUAAGAAAUACUUGUACCUUGUGCUAGAGCAUGUGUCAGGUGGAGAGCUGUUUGACUACCUCGUCAAGAAGGGACGUUUAACACCGAAGGAGGCUCGGCGUUUCUUCAGACAAAUCAUCUCUGCUCUCGACUUCUGUCAUAGCCACUCAAUCUGUCACCGUGAUCUCAAGCCAGAAAAUUUAUUGUUGGAUGAGAAGAACAACAUCAAGAUUGCAGAUUUUGGUAUGGCCUCUCUUCAGCCAGCAGGCAGUAUGUUAGAAACAAGUUGUGGAUCACCCCAUUAUGCUUGUCCGGAGGUUAUAAGGGGCGAGAAGUACGACGGCCGCAAGGCGGACGUGUGGUCGUGCGGGGUGAUCCUGUACGCGCUGCUGGUGGGCGCGCUGCCCUUCGACGACGACAACCUGCGUCAGCUGCUGGAGAAGGUGAAGCGCGGCGUCUUCCACAUCCCGCACUUCGUGCCGCCCGACUGCCAGAACCUGCUGCGCGGCAUGAUCGAGGUCAACCCGGAGAAGCGGCUCACGCUGGCGGACAUCAACCGGCACCCGUGGGUGACGGCGGGCGGCAAGGGCGAGCUGGAGCUGGAGCUGCCCAUGAUGGAGGUGGUGCAGACGCACGUGCUGCCCUCGCUGGAGGCCAUGGACCCCGACCGCAAGCGGCGGCGGCCGGCCUUCGAGGACGACACCGAGGUGAUCGUGCGCGUGCGCUCCGAGUCGAGCGACCCGCCGCGCAAGCGCGUGGACACGUGCAAGGUCAACGGCACCGCCACGCUGCAGUUCGGCCAGAUCAGCGAGGGCUCCCCGCUCACGCCGCGGCGACAGCAGGCC